GGGGAAAGCGAUGCUGCCCAGCGGCACAACAUGGCGAGGCUGAGGCGCGGCUGCUGCUAUCUCCUGGCGGCCUUGCUACACUCGGCGGUGCGCCGGGCCGGGGCCGGCAUCGGCAUCAUCUCGGGCCUGAGGCUGGAGAACGCGGCGGAGAUGGCGGAGCCGCAGCAAUCGGUGGCCAAGGCUGCGGCCUUGUCGGAGCCCGGCGCGCUGCAGGUGACCGAGGGCAGCUCCGUCAAGCUGCGGCUCUUCGGCACCGACCUGAACAGCCGCAGCUGGAGCUGGCUGGCGUUCGCCGAGGUGGAUGCCGGCGCCAACGUGACGGACGACGACGGCGAGCUGUGCAGGCACCGCUCCAAGGACAUCGAGGUGACGCGGCAGGUGCAAGUGUACCGCGACACCUCGGUCGUCGUCGAACUGCGGGUCCGGCCGCUGCGCAAGAACGAGGACUCCAAGCUGUUCGUCCUGUGCACCUCGAACGGCUCGGUGUGGAUGCUGCACCCGGGCAAGGACACCCGCAUCAUGGUGCUGGAGCAGAAACACUCGCUGAUGCCGCUCUGGCUGCAGAUCAUCCUCACCAUCAUGCUGCUCACCCUCUCGGGCAUAUUCAGCGGCCUCAACCUGGGCCUCAUGGCCCUGGACCCCAUGGAGCUGAGGAUCGUCCAGAACUGUGGCACCGACGCCGAGCGCCACCACGCCAAAUGCAUCGAGCCUGUCCGCCGUAAGGGGAACUACCUGUUGUGUUCCUUGCUGCUGGGCAACGUGCUGGUCAACACCACCCUCACCGUGCUGCUAGAUGACAUGGUGGGCUCCGGCUGGCUCACCGUGGUGACUUCCACCAUCGGCAUCGUCAUCCUGGGUGAGAUUGUCCCCCAGGCGCUGUGCUCCAGACACGGCCUGGCAGUGGGAGCCAAGACCAUCAACCUAACCAAGUUCUUCAUGCUCCUCACUUUCCCCCUGUCCUACCCCAUCAGCAAGUUGCUGGACCUUAUCCUGGGGCAGGAGAUCGGCAAGGUGUACAGCCGCGAGAAGAUCCUGGAGAUGUUGAAGGUGACGGGGCCUUACAAUGGGCUGGAUAAGGACGAGCUAAACAUGAUCCAGGGGGCUUUGGAGUUGAGGACCAAAACAGUGGAGGAUGUCAUGACCCCCAUUCGCGACUGUUUCAUGGUGAGCAAGGAUGCCAUCCUGGAUUUUAGUACAAUGUCUGAGAUCAUGGAGACGGGUUACACCAGGAUCCCCGUGUACGAGCACGAGAAAUCCAACAUUGUUGACAUCCUGUACGUGAAAGAUUUGGCUUUUGUCGACCCUGAUGACUGUGUCCCUCUUCAGACAAUCACCAGGUUCUACAACCACUCUUUACAUUUUGUUUUCUAUGACACCAGAUUGGAUACAAUGUUGGAAGAGUUCAAACAAGGUAAAUCACACCUGGCGAUUGUACAGAAAGUGAACAGUGAGGGUGAUGGCGAUCCCUUCUACGAGGUGCUGGGGCUUGUUACUCUGGAGGACGUUAUUGAAGAGAUCAUCAAAUCAGAGAUUCUGGAUGAAUCAGAUUUAUAUACUGACAAUAGAUCAAGAAUGAAGACUGUUCACUAUAACAAGAAAAGGGACUUUUCUGCCUUCAAGCCGACGGUUAAUGAGGUUCAAGUUAAGGUGUCCCCUCAGCUGCUCCUUGCUGCUCAUCGCUUCCUAUCCACAGAGAUCAUUCAAUUUAAUGCUGCAAAUAUUUCGGAGAAGAUUCUACUGCGCCUCCUUAAACAUCCCGACGUCAUUAACGAGAUCAAAUAUGAAGAGGACAACAAGCAUUGUCCUGACCACUAUCUCUACACGCGAGGCAAAGCGGUUGAUUACUUUAUCCUUAUUCUACAGGGCAAGGUGGAGACCGAGGCUGGGAAGGAAGACAUGAGGUUUGAGACCGGACCCUUCUCCUAUUUUGGCACCAUGGCUCUCGGCAGCACACUCGCAGCUCCUAUCUCCAGGCUCCGCACUUGCAGCCUCAAAGCAGUUUCUCUAACUCCUUGGUUCCAAGAUAACCUCUCGAGCUCUCGCAACAGUGAGAUGAACCGUUCUCUGUCUCUACAUCAAGCCGACCGCUCUGAGUCCGCAGCAUCCAUUGUACCAAGCAGCACGGUUAUUUCCACACAUCACUACAUUCCUGAUUUCUCUGUCAGGGCAGUGAUGGACGUACAGUUUGUGAAGAUCACAUGGCAGCAAUAUCAAAAUGGACUACUGGCUUCAAAACUGGACAGCACUCCACAGUCGCCGGAGAAUCUGCACGUAAGCACCGAUGUGAGUGCAAUGGACAAAGCCCCGAAUAUAGCGGAUGAGACCACAAACCUGCUGAAUGAGCAGAACUCUUCGAAACGUAAAUCUAUUCACACUUCAGUAGACAACAAUAUAUGACCUCCCUCCAAGGUCUGGUACUUCACAUUGGGCAUUAAACACAACUUCAGGACUGUUUGAGGGCAAAGAAAAGAACCAUGUGGAACCAGAUGGGAGCACCUGUACCUUGUGCUGUCCUCUGGAGAGUGUGGAAUGAGACGAGUGCUGCUUUGUGUUUAACUAACCAGCUACGGUGGGUGGGUGGGUGGUGGGAACGUUCAGCUUUGGAGACCGUGCAGAAGAAAGUUGAGGUAAAGUUUUAUCUCCAUUGCCAAAGAAGUGAUCCUCCGAUGGCCUUUUCUUCCUUUCUGCUGAUGAGAUGGAUGUCGAGGCCUUGCGCUCGCCGCUGUCUGCCGUGAACACCGUCCACUUGUCCAGGGUCCUUGCUCGCUCGCUGGCGGGCCGGCACGUUAAGUGAUGCCUGGGGUUAAAGUUCAAGAAGCCUUCCAUCUAAUGGAUUCCCAGCUCAUUGUCAACUGUUCUUACCUCUGUUCGGUCAUGAUGGCAACUGUGGGAUGUCUGUGCUUCCGUGCUCCCUUCCUCCCAACUAUCACCUCCUCCCAUGCCCCCUCCCCCCCCCCCCCCCUCAACACUCCCUCCUGCCUGAUACUUGGCUGUCAAAGGAGCUAAUCCCACUUCUGACACCAUGUAAAGGAAACUAGACGUUGUCCAUAGUCCUUUAACUAGAUCUUUAUUUAAACACUAAUAACACACGUUCCAGCACUAACCACAUCUGGUCUACACACGUACUGGAACCUAACGGGGAGGGAACAUGCAGAGACUACAGUUAUACUAUAGAAUGUGGGAGGGACAAUAUGCUAAUGAGGUAGUUACAUAUAUGGUUGCAUGCAUUACCAUCUACGCUCCCCUUUCCCCGAGGCUUUCUUCUUUCUCUGAUUCACCUUCCUCACUAUUGCACACCUUCUUCCCCACCCCCCUCCCCCUCCCAUCCCUGAUGUUUGUCACCUUUCCUGAUUUUCCCCAUCCUGACACCCACUUCUUUACUCCUUCCUUGACGUUCGCCUCCUUGCCUGUUCCCUCCCUCGCUUCCUCGUCCGUUCCAUUCCUCUCCUUCAUUUUCAUGUAACCCUGGGACAGUGCCUUACACUGUCCAGUUUUGCCAACAUCGCUCCUUAGUUUGAUCAGAGUUUCUGAUCAGCUUCUGUCCAGGGUUUCUGACAGCUUCUGUCCAGAUAACAAGGUCCUUCAUCCGCACUUGUCCGUACAGCAAAGUAUUAACAGAGCUGACCGAGGGCUUCUCUCACUUGCCCACCAGAGCCUAGGUAGCAGAUUGUUCCAGAUCUUCAACUGAUCUACACCCCUAUCCCAUACUUCCCCCACGUGAAAUUCAAAAUUCAACCUCGCUGACAAUUGAACCAGUUAUUCCCUGGUUAAUUUUAUUCCAUUAACAGGCAUUAGGGCAGUAUCAGGAAGGUGGUGCAACGGUAGAGUUGCUGCCUCACUGUGCCAGAGACCCUGGUUCGAUCCUGAUUACGGGUGCUGUCUUUAUGGAGUUUGCACGUUCACCCUGUGACCAGGUGGGUUUUGUCCAGGUGCUCCGGGUUCCUCCUACAUUCCAAAGACGUACAAGUUUGUAAGUUAAUUGGCUUCUGUAAAUUCUCCCCAGUGUGUAGGAUAGAAUUAGUAUGAAUGGGUGAUCGCUGGUCGGCACAGACCUGGUGGGCUGAAGGCCUGUUUCCACGCUGUAUCUCUAAGUUAAACUAAGGUCCCUUGGCUAGCUGGGAUGAGGGUGAAAAUAGAGGUGAAAUGUUAUUAAAAAAAUUUAAAUGGUUGACGGUAAAAUGGAGUAACCUCUAUGUGACUCUGGACCAAUUCAUCUCUUGGAUCUGGUGUUUUUUCUCCUGUGGAUUUUGAAGUAUUGAUCGGAUCCGUGCACUCUCAGCAGCUAUCAAAAUGAAGCCAUACGUGUUUGAUUCUUUAAAAUGGCUUGUUUCAGGAAGGCACGGACAAGCCUGUGUUUUCUUGUAUUCCCCGUGUGUCCAGGUGAAUGACCACCCUGAGGACAUCUCUGAGCAUGUGACUCAAACCCAACACCAAAGCUGCUUUCUGCAGACUAAGAAUCCAUCACUACAGAUCGGAAAAUUAAUUCAACACUUUUCUGAGAAAGUCCCAAGACUGCUUGGAAUGUGCAUCCUACGUAAAGGCAUCUUUGAAGAAACUGCCCUCAUUUGGAGCUGACCAUUCAGAAGAAGCAAAUGUUUCCAGUAAUAUUCUGAUGGGAGGCGAAGUGUGUAUAUUUAGUAACAUUUCCUGGCUGUCCGAAAAAUAUAAAAUCGUUUGGGGCAUUUUUGUUAUUACUGUAAGCUUGGUACAUUUAUGGUUUAUUUCCAGAGUUCAGUUCUCGUAUAAAUUAAAUUGCAUGAGGCAGCAGAUGCUGAAAUCUUGUGCAAACCACAAAGUGCUGGAGCAACUCAGUGGAUCAAGCAGAAUGUAUGGAGGGAAAGGACAGGUGUCAUGUUGGGUCAGAAUGAAAUUGCUGCCGGUUGGAGGCAACAUUUCCAUCUUGUAAGACAAUUUAACUUGCGUGCCCCACUCCCCCUCUCCCCCCACGUUCUCUCUCUCUCUCUCUCAGCUGUAGUUCAGUACGCAGUGCCAUCCACACUGCCGAUUGCAGGAUGGCUUUUUAUUUUCAGGCAUAGUUGAGAUAUAAAUGAACACAAAUACACCGGUCAGUUUUGCAAGUCAUGACUUCUCUGACUAAUGUAAUGUCUGUCAGCAUAUUCUCAGGAGUGACUUGCAGUGUAAUCAUUGCUGUUGAUUUAUUUACAUUAUGUUUUUCAGGUUUCCUCUUGUCUUCCAGUUUGCACUCCAGGCUGACUUUUUGAUGAAACAUUUGUAUUCUUGGGGAUGAAGUUUUAACUGUUUAGUAUUUGGUUACAGAAUAUUGACAAAGACACAACUCAUUUGAGCAAUUGUGUUGGCCAGUCUGUGAGCCAUUCCUUUUACUAGUUAAAUUGAGAAUGGGUAAGGUACCCCCCUUAACAGAACAAACUUGUUAUUAUACGAGAUGAUUUAAAGGGGAGGGGAGGGUGUUAUUCUGGUCUUAUGUCUUUUCUUGCAUGGUGUUUCCUUGUACUUUGUCAUGUUGGCUACCAUGAACCUGGUGGCUCUGUUUGGGGAAACUCAUAAGUAGGAUUCCUUCUCCCAGUUUAACUGUCGGUCUUAGCAACCAAAGUGUUUGCCAGCAACAUUAGAAGGGGACAUGGUUGGGUAUGGCUGUAAUGUCCACUGAGGUCAUAGCCUAGCGUACAAGUCAAAACCUGCAAGGUGAAAGGGAGCUUUUUUUUUUUUACAAAUAAAAUAUUGGUGGCUUAUAAAUAGAAUGGCUCCCUCGAACAUAUGCCAUGGUGUUGAGUUUUCUUAUUUAUUUCCAUUGAAUCUCAUAAAAUCUUACCCCUCCCUUAGUUUAAUGUCCCGUUGAGGUUACAAAGCUUUAAAACGUGUUCUUCCUCGUCAGCUGGCCGUGGUGGGGCAAAGGAUGAAAAUGUUGCAGAAUAAAGUGUGCACUAAGAAAGGGCAAUCAUUUUUCAAAGAAUAGUUUUUAGAAUUUCUUUUAUAUCUAUAUAUAAAUAAAGCUAUAUACUAAAGUAAAUGUUUUGGACACUUGCAAUAAACAAACUUUGAUGACUAUAUUGGCCAAUGAAGGGUGGAGAGAGCAAAGGAGGAACAUAGAACAGCACAGGAACAGGCCCUUUGGCCCACAUUUCUAUGCCGAAAAGGGGAGGCGUGCAGUUUUCUUCUACUUGGCUACUUCGAGAAUCGAGAAAAGGUCCGUGUGUGUGUGUGUGUGUGUGUGCGCGUGCAAAGCACUAUCAAUCUUGAAUGUAAUCUAGGUACUGGUGCACUCCCAAUCCAACCUCCUGACUUCUUGCCGGGUACCAUUCCUCUGGUUCCACGUAUUCAGGAAACAAUUGAAUUAAAAAACCUAGUUGAGCCCCAAUGGGUGGGGCUAGGUGUAAUAUUUAUUUUGUAAUGAGGUUUUAAUUUGUACAUUUGUGAGAUUUUUCUCGUUUGCAUUGAUGUAUUCUGUCUUUUUAAGUGUUUUUUUUUUUUUUUACAGAAAAUGCUAAACCAUUAUGUACAAUUCCAUUGCAUUGUUUUGAACGAUUGCCUGUUUUUGGGUUGUGCACUUUCUGCCAUUUUUAAUAGAUGUUAUGCAUAUUCCUCUGUCUGGUAUAUUGCACACUUUGCCAAUGGAAACUCAAUUUGUUUCUGAGAUUAGCAAGUUUUUUUUGUCUACUUCCAAACAGAUGUGUCAAAGUUUUGAUCUGAAACAUGAUAGAGUUUUUGUAAGCAGGGUGUGUUAAUCUAAUUUUCUUAUUCUCGUGGUAUGUACAUGCUAUGAGAAUUUGUGGGUAAUGCAAUCUGCUUAAUUAGGUAAAAAUCUGUUUUGGGGGUGUAUUAUAUAUUUCUCAAUUAAAAAGAAUUUAAAUCUU